CUCUUUGUUGCUCCCCGUCCAACCAACUCAACCAUCAAGGCGUGACAUAUUCCCACCUCCCACGACACGAGCAGGGGGACGUGCAUCCAGAUUUGUUCUGGGCAUGCCGUCACACACUCCCGGCAAUCCCCAGCUGAUACUUUUCGCCAAACCUUCUUAGCCAUUUGCGUGUGUGCUGGAAAAAUAGCAGAAAACAUACGUUAGCAGCAGCAGCAGGGGGAAAGUCGGGCAGCAGCUUCUCACCAGGGGGUGUUGUUCCCGGCAUCGCCAGGUGCCCUCGAGAGGUGCUGGGUGAUAGGCUUGACCCCGCGAUUCGAAGAAGACUGCCGUUCACGCUUUAGCAAUCAUGGCUGCUAGCGCUGUAGUUGGUGCGUCUACCGCGUCCGUUGCCCCGGCAGGAGGGGCAGGCGCUGUAGCUCCGGCCGCAGCAGGAGCCAGCGCCAGCGGGGCGAGGACUGCCCGCAGAAAGCAAAGGUGCUGGUUGUUCCAGGUGGACGGCGUCACAGGCAAUGCCUCCGAAGUUGAGCUGCUGGCUUCCAUCCGUGAGAGGUACACGACGGUCAAACGCCUUGCCGUCAGACCUGCCGCAUCAAGCAAAGACGCUGUGGCUGCUACCGAUGGCAGCCCGCGAAACGUCGUGGUGGAGGUUCAAUUCACCGGCCCUCAGCCCAGCGAGGGGCCCGGCGCUCUGCUGUGCGACCUCCUGUGCGGCGUCUCCGUAGACGCCAAGCCCGUGGAGCUCCCGCGGGGGCGCAAGAAGCGAGCCAGGACUGCCACGACGGCGUCCAUUGAGGGCAGCGACUCGGACAUUGAAGAUGGGGGUUCGAGAAAGAUGGGCGGUCACCGAAGCACAAACAGUCUUGGGCGCCUGGACGACGAAGACGAAGAGGACAGCGCGGGCGGCGGGCGGUGCGUCUCGAACAAGCCCAGCAGCCAGGGCGGCUCCCCCACGGUCCGGGGCAGCAGCAAGCAUCAAGUGCCGCCGGCCACCUUUCGCCGAACGUCGAGCCGCGACAGCGACGGGCAGGUGGUCCCCUCCUCGGGCCUCGGGCCCCUUUCGACCGUCGGCAUCUUCGAGAACCCGUCCUCUUCCUCCAAUAGUGCGUCGAACGUCCCUACUCGCGCGGUGGUGCCGGCAGACGACGGCAGCUGCAGGGGCGCCCCCGGCGCCCUUCCGGCCGCGAACCCACAGCAGCACCGCGUCGUUUCGAACGACGCCAUGCAGCCGCCGUCGUCCCAGAAGCAGCAUUCGUCCCAACCGUUGCCGCAGCCGUUUCAGCAAGCGCUACACCAUCAGCAGCACCACUUCGGCAGGCCGGCGAUCGCCGUAGGCGUCGCCGGUGGGGCGGGGACCGGGGGCACGCAGUGGGACGAUGUCGUCCAGAGGAUGACCACCCCGCAGGGCUCCUGCCACUCGCUCGAGAUGGGAUCGGAGCACAGCAGCAAUGGCAGCAACGGCCAGCCCCCGGUCAAGGCGGAGUACGAUUCGCUCGUGAUCACCUCUAACAACAGUGUCGGCACCUGGAACAGCAACGACAGCCAGGUGGCGCUGCUGGGCCCCAUGCCGCCACCGCAGUCCGUGCAGCCCCCGCUUGGGGGGUGGUCGUUCGACUCCGCGCAGGUCGCGGAUAGCGCCGCCGGCGGCUCAGCGGUGGUUGACCUGUCCGACGUAAACGGCUUGUUCCGCGGGUCGGCGGCGGACGGCGAGGCCGUCGCCGCCGUCGCCGCGGCCGCGAAUGCCGGCGGGAGCGUGACGGACUCGAACGGCUCCAUGCCGGGAUCGACGAACAGCAACGCGGACGCCGGAGCCGGGAGGCAACAGCAGCACGAGGUCAUGUCUGACGCCAAGUGGGCGAAUGACGGCCACCUUCCGAUGGAGAAGGUCGUUAUCGAACCGUCGAGGAAUGAGUGCGACUUCGAGGGCCGCCCAACACCCCCAACCGACCCCACGAGCGGCCAGCCGCCGAUCCCCUCAUCCACGGACCGCCAGUGUCACCUGGUGUUUACCGGACUUAACAACACAGGUCAAGACCUCCGCAGCCUGCGCGUCACGGCGCACUUCGGUGUGGACUCGGUGCACAAGGUCGGCAAGGUCACCAGCCCUAUCCAGCUCGGCUCCAACGGCCGUGCUUACGCGGGUGUGUUCUACCCGAGCAUGCAAGAGAUCUGGCCAGAGCUGUAUAGCACGAGCAACAUCCGAGUGGUCGAGGUGGAUCUCGUUGUCGAAAUCCGAUCUGACAGUGGGGAGUACCAGUACGUUGGUCCUCAGCUCAAGGUGACGUACCUCCGCGCCGCACCCCCCGCCGAUGCGGCUGAGGCAACGCCGAGACCCGCGGGAAGGCGAACGGCAUCCCGAGCGCCCAUCCCGUUCAACAGCGAUGGCCACCAGGUCUCGUACAGCUGCGUGGACUACUCGUGCGGGGACUGGUUCUCAGACAUGUGCCAGUCGGUCUUCCGCAGUGGUGCCACGGCUCACCAGCCCUUGCAUGACGACCCCAACGACCUCAUGAACGUGGAUCCGUGAAAGAUUGGAUCGUGUCCCCCACGAUGUCCGGUGAAGGUUCGGUUACGAUACAGUGUCACAGCAAGAAUCGCUAUCUUUAUAACGAAGCCAUAUCAUGCGGCGAUCCGAACUUCAAGACAUGCUGUGAAAGUGCUUUCGGUGGGUGGAACGGUGGCGUGGGGCUGAAAGUGGUGUCGAUUUGCUUUGGGCACGGCCAUCUACGCGGGUGAACAUUUUUUUUCUGUCUGCCCUGUCUGUACCGAGCCUCUGGUACAAUGCGUAAUUCUUGGAUUUAAUGUUCUCCCUGGAUCGAAAGCUGUAACCUCCCCAAUACAUUUUUCGAUUCUUAAUGGUACCCUAUAUGGUGUCGAGGAGAUCUCUUGUGUGUGCUUUAUGACAUGCCACGCAAUGGCGGCACGAUGGAUCCAAGUUCUCUCGUGGAGAUUUCUCUGGCCGAACCUGUGCGUGCACGCGUACCUCGGUAUGCGGGCGUGGCGUGUAAGUGUGUGCGUGCGAGUGCUUCCGGUUUCCCUGUGGUAUGGUAGCAUACCUGCCUUCUCCCCCCUUGCACGAAAGAUGAAGAUACACAAACCUUGUAUUUAUGCUUUUAGUGCCGUUGGGAAUUCAUUACGUUUGAGGGAGGCUCAUUGUGCAUUUACGUAAGGUCAACAGGAGAUAGAUUGGCCGGGAGGGUUGUGCUGUGGUUUAUUUUUGUUGGUGGCAUUGUGAAGGAUUGGUUGGGUUCGACGAGUGUUCUUUUGUCGACCAAGGCUCAUCGGACUUGUGCGUACAAGUCGAAGAAGCACCCGAAGACCAUCUACGUCAGCCAUAACUUGUAUCCUCGUUCUCGGGUCACCUAAUCGUCCCCAACACGCAGAAGUAGCGCAGUGUACGUGCGAAUUUUGGUUGGCUUCGCCAAUCUGCAGGCUUCCUUGCUUGCUACCCUCUUUUAGAUUUCUUGGUCGCAUCGUUUCGUUGUUUUUGGUGCAUGGUUCAUGGGGGGGGGUUGGAGUCGUUGUGGGGAUGGCCGCGUUUUCCUGAUUACGUUGUGACCCAGUUAGUCCUGAAGAGAAGAGCAUUGAGGAUGAACGGCCCGCCAGGCAAGUUGUGUCUCCCAAGGUCCGCUCGUUCGCUGGGAGCAGUAGCAUCAAGUUACGGAAGCGCCAAAUUGACUUCUCUGUGGCUAUCUUGGUGGGUCGAGGACUGGUCAAGCAGGUAGUAGUGAGUCUUGUUUCUAUUGAAGGGGUUCGAACGCCGCACACGUCACUCCUUGCAUGGGCAAGCUAGACGCAAUUUUUUUUUGCGGUCGUUCGGUGAAGGAGAGGGGGGCACGCGGUUGUACGGCGAUUAGUUUAUGCGGUGCAACGGAGUAGUUUUGUUCGUGGCGACCGAUAUAUCUCACAAGAGUCGACGCGCCUUUUUUUCUGAUUCCGGGCGGCACCCACGUACCUCGUUUCUUGCAUUUCCGGUUUGUCAACACCGAGCCAUUGUCUACGAUAGGGCGUUUGAAGAAACCAACCAGUUAUAUGCCUCUUUUGCAUGGGACUUGAAUGUUGAGGGAAAAUGUUUGUCGGUGUGCAAGCCGUUUCAUGACGGCGGCGCACAAGUGUACCCGAUCUGUCGGUGUACCACUCAUUCUCGUCGCUGUUUUUUUAGCGGUGCGUGCCGGUGUCGGCAGCAAGAAAAUGGGGUUGGCUGUUAUACAAGUAGGUCUUUUUGGGUAUUGCUGGUGCAAGUAAUACCAUCGUUUUUCGUCGGGCGAAGGAGGACGAUCACUCACGUGCACAUGGGCGUAACUUGGUUGCGGAUCGACCGCGUCGCCGCCGGCACGCUACGAAUGUUUUGUCGCGCCCAUGGAUGAUCCCUGUAGGCCAUCUGUUGCGGUCAUCUCAGGCAGGACUUAAUCGGUCAAUCGGUGUAUACAGUACUUGGAAAAAGUACAGUACAUAAGCAAUUUUUCAAUUUCAGUUUUCGUGUAUUUUGUCCUUCAUUUUGCUCUUCUUCUGGCCUCUCGCCCUGAGAAAUGUCGUCGUGUUGUGGAACCCCUGCCUGUAGCACCAAACAUACGGUGUAGACGGGGAGGUGAGCGUGUAACAUUCAGGCGUUGGGUCUUGGGUUGUCACACGUAAACGAGCUCGCUCAUACAUCUUGAACUAGUGCAGUGGAGGGUGGUAUCGAUGGGCAGGGGAGGUACGUAGGAGGUGCAAACGAGGUCUCCAGUAUCAGUUUUGGAUGCACGCGUCCCCGCGCCCUCCCCGCCCCCUCAUGCAGGAUAUACAUCCAUAGAUCCAGUAGGGUAUACAUUCAUCAAUCCAUUCAGAAUUUGUGCUGUCCUUGUUUAAAUGACUGCGGUUUAGUUUUUACGCGCGUGGUGCCUUUGUAUUUUGUCUUGUUGUCCGGCGGUGUGCAGUUUCGCACCAGGUACACAAACUCGCAAAGUAGGAUUCCCUCCAGUGUGAGUUGGAUCUGUGCUUGACUGGAUGGAUGGAUGAAUGACAUUGGUUUGGGUUGCCACGUCUCUAGCGAGGUGCGUGGAGAAAUAUGGAGAUCCCGGAAAGGAGGUGUGGAAGACCGGCAAGCUUGCUGAUUCUUGAAGAUGUUCCAGGUUCAUGUGUUGUUGCGUUUAGGAUGCGGGGUGCUGCUGUGGUGGCCUGGCCUUGUACGAUUCGCUGGCUGUGGCCUGCAGUGCAGUGCAGUCUGGAUUUCCUGCGGACAAAACUCUUCGUAGUGUUGGUAUUUUAAAAGGGACGUUGAAAGGAUGUGAGAUAUUGACUGUCGUGGUUUUUCUUCGGUCGAUGUGUGUGUACGGAAAGCACAAGAGACACUUGUUUCCUUUUCCCAAAAUUUCGUCACGUGCAGUCCUCUCCAUGCCUACCAUUGUGCAAUCCUGUUCCCGUUCACUUUUAUUUGCGUGUGGAAUGCAUGGUUGUACAAGAGAAGUACAGAACUUUUCAUCUUUUGCCUUUGGUUGACUGGAUUGGGAACGGGCUACCAUCGGGGGGGGGGUGGGGAGCGGAGGGGUUACCUCAAAGGUUGACCUUGAAUUAGCAUAAAUAUAUAAUGAGGAAAGGUUGACCAUGAUUGGAAAGAAAAUUGGUGUUCAUUAUUGCCGCGGGAUUGAACCUACUGAGCGCCGCAAUUGAAUGAAGAAUCAAAACCUGACCUGCUUCCAAUAAUAUUGCAAACGUACCAUUGUUUCGUUCGCGCUUCUUUGUACGCAAUGCGUAGAGUCCAGACGCGCUUUCCUGUAGGACCAAGUGUA